UCCUUACUCUAUCUGGAUGUAGGGUUCAACUACCAAAAUCACGUCAUUUACCCGGGCUCUCCCUUGCUUUAUGGACACAGAUUUUUCCAUGCUCAACGUCCUGAACCAGAGCCCGCCAACCUGCUGUUACCCGAGUCAUUCUCAGGAUUAAGCUCUUUAAAAUCUCUUGACCUAAGUGAUUGCAAUUUGUCAGAUGGAGCACUCCCUGAUCUUAGUAGCUUAUCCUCACUGCGGUCUCUGAAUCUGAGCAAAAACAAUUUUACACGCUUGCCUGAUGCCAUUUCAAAACUUUCUAUGCUUAAACUUCUUUUCUCGGAUAAUUGUAGCAAGCUUCAAUCAUUGUCAUGUCUUUCAUUAAGUACGAAGUAUGUAAUGGCACGAGGAUGUACUUCAUUGGAAAAUUAUUCAAAUAACUCUGUUGUCUGGACUUCGGCUGAAGCAGGAUUGGCUUUUAUUAAUUGCCUUAGCUUUCUUGAGGAUGAAGAAGGAAAAAUCACCGAGGGUUUUUUGCUGGACAGCUUGCUCGAGAAUGGAGGCAAAAUAAUUGAGAAUUCUUUGCCAGAUAUACACUUCCAGCCAUUGUGGCAAAGUUACAUGGAGGAUCAUAUUCGUGAAAGUGAAGAAUUUUAUAGCGUGUUAAAUCAGAUUGAAAUUCCAACGUGGUUCGACCAUCAGAAUCGUGGGUCAGAUGUUUCAAUCCCGCUACAUCAGUAUGAUACUAAUUGGACAGGAAUUGCUCUAUCUGUUGAUAUUAAAGUCCAAAAAAAUUUGAGCGAGGUUUCUCCUGGUGAUCCUACAGAUUUUCAUGAAUUUCGUUUGGAAAUGCACGGUGGUCCUGAAGAUUUUCCACGAAACUAUGAGUUCCCUAGAGACAAAAUUCAUGUUGGCUCAUUUCAGUCAUUUGGAAUUUGGCUAUAUAUUUCGCAUGCGAAGUUAGGAGUACUAUUACAUGGAUGUGAUGACAUUAGGCCAUUCAUUAAAACCUACAGCCCAGAUAUUGAGAUUAAAGGGUGUGGUGCACGUAUACUCCAUGAGCCAGAUUUGGUACAAUUUGUACAAAUCUUAAGCCAACAAAUUUUUCGGAACGGAAGAUUUUUGGCGGGCUCAUGAGGCACCCCUCUCACAACAAGAAUGAGCUGCCCCAGCCUCUCUCUGAUGACCUCAGUAGACAUCGUGAAGUUUUCAUGAAAUAUCAUAUGGGCAAGCCCAAAACCGUGAUGACGAGGCGGAAUCCGGUCCAAUCCAAUGCUAUUGUAGGUGCCUACAAUUCAUCUCUAAACACCAUAUUUUUGUCACUUUUUUCUGUCAUGAUAGCUUAGUGAGUGUAUAUAUAUUAUCAAUAUACAACUUUUUGGUGUCUA